AUGAGAACCAAAAUUCCAAAAGACUUCAAGCUCCCGGAUAUGACCCUGUAUGAUGGCACCACAGAUCCCAACCAUCACCUCAGCAACUUCAGAAGUAGAAUGUACCUCACUGACGCCCCAGAUGCUGUUCACUGCAAAGCUUUUCCAACAACUCUGACAAAAACAGCGAUCGGAUGGUUGGACAACCUGCCCCCGAAGUCCAUCUCAAGCUUUGAUGACUUAGCCAAAAAAUUGCUAGCAAGAUUCUCCAUUCAGAAAGAUAAAGCCAAGCACUCCCCCAGUUUACUAGGGAUCAAACAAGGAGAUCGGGAAGGCCUUCGAAACUACAUGGAGAGAUUCAACAAAACAUGUAUGGACAUACAAAAUUUACCAAUGGAGGCCGCCAUUAUGGGACUCAUCAAUGGCCUACGAGAAGGACCUUUCAGCCAAUUUAUCUCAAAAAAGUACCCGACCUCCUUAGACGAAGUACAGGAACGAGCAGAAAAAUACAUCAACAAGGAAGAAAACGCUCGGUUAGGAGAGACCUCAAAAUCGGGAGCCUCCUACCGAGACAGAGACAAGGAAUCUAAGAGAAAAGAAGAUCGACAAGGGGAGGAAGUAAAAAAAUACCAUAAUUUCACUCCUCUCAGGGCAUCCCUGGUCGAGAUAUACAAAGAAGUCUGCCAUACAGAAAAAAUCCCCCCAGCACGGGCACUCAAAGGCAAAAGGGGAGGAGGAAACCGAAAGGAAUAUUAUGAAUACCAUCGAGUCCGAGGACACUCCACAAAUGAAUGCUUCGACUUAAGAAAUAUCAUAGAAAAAUUGGUGAGAGAAGGAAAAUUAGAUCGAUUCCUGGCCACCCGGGAUGAUGAUCAAAGAAAGAGAUGA